CUAGGAAUUAGGAAAACUCAAACGCCUAUGAAACAGAGAGACCCUCAUCAGGCCGACGGUGAUACGGUUUUGCUGGACAUUUGGGAGAAUAAACCUUCACAACAGACAGAAUGUUGAGCACAGUUAGUAGGCAACUUAAAAGCCAUCCAGCUUUGGUCCCCCUCUUCAUCUUCAUCGGUGGUGGGAUGUGCAUGUCUGGGGCGUACCUCGUUCGCCUGGCAAUGGGACCCCAUGUCAGCUGGAAUCGCAAUGGCAACCCUGAGCCCUGGAAUAAGACAGCGCCCACACAACAGCACAAGUUGUAUGCUGUUAACAUGGACUACAGCAAGCUGAAGAAAGAGGGUCCUGACUUCUAAAGUGUCAUCUAUUUCUUUGGGCACUGCUGGACCAGAGGCUUGAGAAAAAAUGGACUGGCUCAGACUGACUCCCCCUAACUUCAACCCAAUGGAUGCAGAGGCUAAACCGCACAACAGUUAUUUUUCAUGUGCCUGAUGGCGUCCCAUUCAACCCUAGUUCUUUUUCUCAUACUUCAUGGUGUGUUGCAGCAAUAAAGUGGAGUCUUCUCUCCUAUGAACAAUGAAA